AUGAAGGAACCUCAGUACAUUAACCAAGACAAUAGAUGCGGCGGUGACGCGAUGUCUGUCGCGCCGGCGGUGAAGCGCGAGCUGGACCUGGAGAGCGGCGGCGGCAGCCCCGGGCGCAAGCGCCGCAAGCAGGCCGCGCCCUCCCGCGCCCCGCCGCAGCCCCUCGCGCCCCCGCCGCUCGACCUGCACGCCAAGAUGGCCGACAUCUACAAGAGCGCCCUCGCCUUCGGAGAGCUCACGCUCCCGGCCUUCGACCCGCUCGCCGCCUUCCGGCUCCUCCCCCGCCACGAGCCGCCGCGCAUCUUCAACCCCGAGGCCUACUGCGACCUCUGCUGCAAGGAGUUCUGCAACAAAUACUUCCUCAAGACCCAUCGCGCGAACAAGCACGGCAUCUACGACGGCGGCGAGCCCCAACCCGCCGCGCCGCCGCCCGCCCAGCCCUCGCCGCCGCGCCGCGCCUCCGACGAGGAGUCCGGCGGCACCCCCCGCCGGCUCUCCCCCGACUCCGCCCGGAGAGCGCGCGAGGCCGGCUUCCAGCCCGACAUCCUGCGCCGGCUCGGCGUCGUCAACCCCGAGGCGUUCUGCGAGAUCUGCUGCAAGGAGUAUUGCAACAAAUAUUUUCUGCGGACGCACCGGGAGAGGCGACACGGGGUGCCCGCGCACCGCUCGCCCGUCGCCGACCGCUCGCCGCCCUCCGCCACGCCGCCCAACAUGCUCGGCACUCCACCCAACAUGCUCGGCACUCCACCCAACAUGCUCGGCACGCCGCUGCCGCCGCCGCUCACCACGCCGCCCGCGCCGCCGCCCGUCGCCCCCGACACGCCACCGAGGUCGCACUCUUUGCCUCCGCCGUUUGAUUCAGAGGAAAUGGUGGAGGUGAAGCGCGAGUGCGAGGACGAGCUGGAGGCCGCCCUGCGCGACGGGCAGACGAGUCCUCUCAACCUGAUCGUGGAGGAGCGAGGCGCCGCAUCGCCCGGCUCCGCGAGCGAGGAGCUGCGCAAACUGCAAACGAUGAUCUCGCAGCUGAACGAGCUGGCGGCCGAGCGCCUCGCCGACGACGCGCCCGAGGCCGGCCCCCGCGCGCCCUCCGCGUCCCCGCCGCCGCCCGACGAGCGCCGCGCCUCCUCCAGCGGCUCCAGCUUCUGCGAGAUCUGCAACAAGGAGCUGUGCAACAAGUACUUCAUGCGCACCCACAUGCAGCGCAUGCACGGCAUCUCGCUGGAGAGCGGCACGCAGCUGGGCGGCGUCACGUGCGACAUCUGCCACAAGGAGCUGUGCAGCAAGUACUUCCUGCGCGUGCACAAGCACAACACGCACGGCAUCCCGGCGCCGCCCGCGCCCGCCAACGCCGCGCCGGCCGAGCCGUGCCCGCUGUGCGCGCGGCGCUUCCGCGGGCCGCGGGCGCUGCGCGCGCACCUGCUGGCCGAGCACGCGCCGCCCGCGCGCCCGCCGCCGCCGCCGCCGCGCCCGCUGGACCUGCUGGCGCGCGACAAGCCCUACGCCUGCUCCUACUGCCCGUUCACGACCGACGUGCUCGCGUUCCUGUUCGCGCACGAGCGCGCGCACGCGCAGCCGCCGGCCGAGCCGGAGGGCGGCCCGGAGCCGGCCGAGGGCGAGGGGGAGGCGGGCGAGGCGGAGGGCGAGGGCGAGGCGGACGCGUACUCGUGCUCGCGCUGCGAGUUCCGCGCGGAGGGCUUCGGCGCGCUGGAGGCGCACCUGCGGGCGGCGCACGGCGGCGCGGGCGCGCUGCUGGCGGUGCCGCGCGCCCCGCAGGCGCCGCUGACGAUGCAGCCGUUCGUGGUGGAGGAGGCGGGCGGCGCGCUGUCGCUGGUGCCGGCGCUGGUGUUCCUGCCGGUGCGCCGCCGCGCCACGCGCCGCGCCACCGUCACGCUCACGCUCACGCCCGCCUAA